AAUCUCUCUCUCUCUCCUGUAUUCAAGCAAAAACAGUUAUUUUAUUCCUCCCCCUUUCCCUAAUAAGCCUUUCGGAAGGAGCACAAAAAGAAGGGACCCAGACACUGCAGCCCACCUCUCCUUUUCCCUUAUAAUUCUUCUCCUCUCUAUUAACCUCUCUUCUUCAAAUGGCCACCCCCGUGUUUUUGCCACCAAACUUUGCUGGGAGCAUCGCGUUUUCCAAGGACACGGACCGGAGCAGCAGUAACUCGACUCCCCAGCCCACCAACGGGACCGGAGCCCCGCCAAAUACGCGGAGGGCAGCGUCAGCCGGCCCCCCUGUGCUCAGCACAGUAUCCAAGACACUGAGCAAGCUGGACCCAACACUGCCGCCCGAGGAGGUAGAGGCGCCAGACCAAGAGCCAAUCACAGCUGGCUGUGCCAAGGACUCCAGCCCUGGGGCCUGUGGCAUCUGCGGCGGGCGGCCUGAGAUCCUGGCGUCCCUCCACUCGCAGCGCACGGCGGUACAGGACGACCUUGACGUUGCCACUCAGCGCAUCAACGAGCUGGCGCUGGAGAAGGCACGGAACGCCGACUACAUUGCAGAUCUCGAGGCACGUGUUGCAGCGCAGAGCAGGACAAUCGACGAGCAGCGGGAUGUGGUGGCAGGGCUGAAGAACGAUCUGUCGGCGAUGAAUGACAAGUUUGUGGACCAGGUCAACAUGACAGCGGAGAUUGCACACUCGCGUGAGCUGGUGGAGGCGGAGCUGGAGGAUCUAACGCAGAAGCUGUUUUCUGAGGCCAACGAGAUGGUGGCUACCGAGAAGAAGGCCAGAUUUGAGGCCGAAAAGACCAGUGCCCAUCUGCGCAACAUCAUCAGCGAUCUGGAGACGCGCCUGAGCAGCGAGACCAUGCAGUCGCAGGAACUCAAGGAGCGCAUCGAGCAGAUGAGUGCCGAAUACGACGACAUGCUGAUGCGUACGGCUAUGCAGACCAGCCGCCGCGGCAGCAUCGGCUCGCACGACAGCGAAGCUGCCAUGUCAGUGCGUGAGGCAAGUGCUGGCCCGUCUUCGGCCGGCAUGCCAGGCAGUGUCGUGAGCGACGGGUUCCGGCUCGCGGUUCACACAGCGGCAAUCGUCAGUAGCACCCGGUCGAUUUCCGGUUCGCCUGUGGCAUCAGCGCCGAUCCGCGUGGACGACGUGCUUCUGGGCGAGUUUGAGGAGUUUGCCAAGCUAGCGCAGACCCCGCGGUCGACAACGUAUAUGAACACGGCGUUCAUGAAGCACGUGGUGAGCGAGGACAUUGAGCCGUGUCUGCGGUUCGGUCCGCACCCGCGCAUCUCGUCGCACAACGUGCUGGAGGCGAUCGUGUCGAACAAGCUCCAGAUCGAGGAGAUGACGCCGCAGGUGGCUGCCGAGAUGCGUCGCCAGCAGCUGGCAGUCGAAAAGACCAACAGCAACCGGCAGGCUAUGCUAUGGGAGCGCUUCCGGGGUACCGUGGCCGUCAACCCGCAUGGGUGCCAGGCGUGCGGCCGCGAGGCUCAGUGCACAUAUCGCUUCAGCAUGGGCCAGCGCGACGUUGAAUGGAUCCAAGUCGACUCGUACUGCCGCGACCGCCUGGUGGCUGUGUGCGAGUUCUACGGUUUUGUGCGCUACCUGCGCCAGGGCAUCUACGCGUCGCGUUCCAUCAUGGACAUGUACCAGGAGACGAUCCACCGCCGCCUCUGCAUGUUCUACGCGCGCGUCGGCGCCUACGCGUACGCCUCCAACAUUGACCCCUCGCUGGUCGAGUCUGUGGCCAUGGCGCGCAGCGCCCAGCUGGCCGGCUACUCGCCGCAGCAGUUUGCCCAGCAGUCGCCGAGCCUGCACUCCAUGUCACCCAUGAGCGCCCCAUACCUGCACCAGGGCAACCACACCGGCAGCACGCCGAACGUGAACCGCCUGCCGCCGAUCAGCUCGCCGCCGCAGUUCCCGACCGAUGCUAAUAAUAACCGCCAUCGCAGCCAGUCCGAGGGCCUGGACAGCAGUGUUGCUGCUGUGUCGCUGGAUCCGCUGCCGACGCAUACACAAAAGAACGAGCUGUCCACAAUAUCAGAGAACGAGUCUCAAAACUAAUGUCGUACUUUUAGACUUUCAGCUAAACCCCCCAUACAUCACUUCAACAGUACGCUCAAUGCAUGUACAUGGCACAUUAUACACAGUGCCAUGCGACGAGACAUCCAGAGCAUGUGUCGGUUGAAUACAAAGA